GAUUUACUGCCAGUCGAGCCUCGCAGCCGGUCAGGUUUGGUUUAGUUGCGAGCGAAAACCUGUCGGAAGGACACCCCGUCCGUCAGAAAGACGCAGUAAGAAAUCUGUAGGUGCAAGCUCGGAAGUGAUUGGUUCACUGGAAUUUUGAGACCGUAAUACAUCCAGUGACGAUAGAAUUUUAGAAGAUAUAUUGAUGGUUCGAGGAGGUUUCAGUUAGAAAAAAAAAUCGUGGGGUUCCGGAGGUGCAGGACUGGAUGUGAUUGAAUUUCUGGAAGUCAGUGACUGUAAUAAACCGAGUGACAGUAGAAUUUUGGAAGAUUUGACUUAAAGAGUGUUCGUGGUGGUGUGUUGCAUGUCGUAGCCGGUCGAACAGGGACGCAAAGUGUUGGGAAUAGGCGAGAAAGUGUCUGGUACGGUGUCUGGCAUGACCGUGCAAGACGAGGCGAGGGGUGCGAUGCCGCAAACCGCAGCCACGAGGUCGCGAUUCAUGAUCACCGAUAUUCUGAGCGGGCCGGCCGACGGGGCGGCCGCGGCGGCGAUCAUGAGGGGCGGCAGGUCGCCCAGUCCGGGCCCCAGGGACUUGAGUUUGCAUUCGAAUCCGAUACACGACAGCGAUACGGACAGUUCGGGCCAUCCGGAUACAUCAAGUAUAUGCUCAAACGGACAAAAUGGUGACGAUUCGCUCAACUCCUCCAAAGGCUCCAGUAGCGCGAUGUCGAAAAAACAAAGGAAAGCACGCACAGCCUUCACCGAUCUCCAACUACAAACCUUGGAAAAGAGCUUCGAACGACAGAAAUACCUCAGCGUCCAGGACAGGAUGGAACUGGCCGCCAAACUCAGUCUGACAGAUACGCAAGUCAAAACGUGGUACCAAAACAGGAGAACGAAAUGGAAACGACAAACAGCCGUAGGCCUAGAACUGCUCGCCGAAGCCGGCAACUACGCAGCCUUCCAGCGCAUCUACGGCGGUCCCCCCUACGGUUGCUGGUAUCCCCCUCAAAACGCCGGCCCGGCAGCUGCCCCCACCGCUGCAGACCUCUACUACAGACAAGCAGCGGCCGCUGCUGCAGCCACCCUACAGAAACCCUUGCCCUACAGACUAUACCCGCCUGGCAUGGGCAUGGGCAUGGCCGGUCCAAGCGCCCAUUUGGGAUCACUAGCAGCCAGCAGUUCCUUAAGUACCUUAUCUAGCUACUAUUCAAACCCCGCUUCAGAAGGUCCAUCACCCAGAUCACCUAGUCCAGACGCACCGCUCGAUCCCGGUUCUCCCGGAUCACCUGGUCCCGGUAGGAGAUCACCUUCCGACGAUGAGGAUACGAUUCAUGUGUAAAUAUCGCCCAGUGGAAGAUGUAUUUGUAAUAUUGUGAUAUAAAAUGAGAAAGUGUACUGUAAAAAGGACUUGUUAAUUUAUUUUCUGCUUUUAAGUGUCGUGUAGGAUCAAAGAGACAGAAAUAAAAUGUUUCCUUGUUUCUUUACUGUAUUAUUAGAGAUUGAGAGGUACCUAAGAAUGCGCUGGCCUUGUAAGAUGGAAGGAUUCAAAGAACAAGAUUUCUUACUAAAUAUACUACAUUUCCAGAGUUUAGAGAAUAAAAUACUCGACUUGAAACUAUAAUGUUUGAAAGCUAAUUUCACUAUGGAAAAAAUAUAAAUUGUAUUUCAAAAUCUCUUAGAAUCCUUCUGUGUACUUAAAAAUAACAUUCCAGAUCCGAAUAUAGUUCGGAUCCUUGUAUUAUAUAACUAAUGAUGUACAUUGUCUGUUCCUUGUUUGAACAAUAUUUUUGUUUAUAUCAGUUUGAUUGCACCCAGAACGAUGUAAUCGUCUUUUUAAUUCUCCUUUUUUUUGGCUCAAUACUAUGUUUAUU